AUGAAGUUACAACAGUAUCAUGAUUCAUAUUUCAUUAAAUGCUUUUUCAUCGUCAAAGAUUCAAAAAAUCAUAUAUUGGCACAGAAAGAAGAUAUAACUUCUGGAAAGUUUACUCUUAGUGUAGAAAAUAAUGAUAUAUUUGAAAUAUGUUUUACUUCAAAAGUCUUAAAUAAUGAAUAUCAUCAAGGUGCUGUACAAGAAGUUUUUGUGGACAUAAAAACAGGAGUAGAAGCUAAAAACUAUGAAGGGGUUGCUGAGGCUUUUAAAUUAAAACCCCUUGAGAUGGAUCUAAAGCGUUUGGAAGACUAUUCAGAAGCUAUUGUAUUAGAAUUCAAGGAUAUGAAAAUGCGAGCUGAUGAAAUGCGUAACACAAAUGAAUCUACAAACAAAAGAGUCUUCUAUUUUAGUUUGUUUAGUAUGAUUUGUUUGAUUACGUUAGCAACUUGGCAAGUCUUUUAUUUGAGGCGUUACUUCAAAGCAAAAAAAUUAAUCGAAUAAGGUUUGAAGACAUCAGAAAAAUAAAAAUUAAUAAUACAUUUGACUGUCAUAAUUUAAAUG